UUUUUUUGCUGUUCUGUUGCCUUUGCCCCAAGUACUCGAGCUCUGAGUACACGCUUAGUGCGCGUCGUAGAUUGUGUUUAUUGUUGUGAGUACUGCUGGCUGUUGUUGUCAGUGUUGUUGUUGUUGUUGUUGUUGUCGUUUUGGUAAUUGCCACACACACACACACACACGCACAGCUAAACAGUCAUGAGUUGGAAUCGGUGCGCGCGGCCGUGUGUGUGACUGUGUUUGUUUGUAUCGCAACUGCAUCUGUAUUGUUCCAACCCGACGUGCACAACGUAUUUUCGUUACGAUUUUCAAACAAUUUGGAGGCCGUUUCUAAAGGCUUAACGGCUGAAGAAUAAGAAUUGCAAAUUUCUUCGUGCGGUUAAUUGGCAACGAUCUCAAUGGUGGGCGGCUAUGCAAAACUGAUUUCCAGCUUUCUUCCACUCCAAAUCCCUACAUACUCCUCCCCCCUGUCCAACCUAGCCGAGCGUUAUAGAAAAACAUGUCUGAGACAAUUGCCAGCGAGCGCAACUCCCAGGCAAUUGGCACUCUAAACGAUAAUCUUGAGAUUAUCCAAGAUAUUGUCGAUAGCAGCGUAUUGGACGAGAAGUGUGCCGCGAAUGGCAAAGUAUUUAACGAUUAUAUCGUAGACGAUGAGACGUUGAAAAUAGUUGAACCCUUCGAUAAGCCGGAGAAUACGAUUGACAAUUGCGACAACAUAUUGGAGAAGAGUCCGCAGGACAGGGAGAGCAGCAAGGCCAAAAAGUGCGUUACAUUCAAUCCGAACGAUGAGAAAAUCCGCAAGUUUACCACGGGCGAGCCGAUCGUUGAUCAACAGAAUCCCUUCAAGAAUGGCCACAUAGCUGGCCGGGAUAAGAAGACGCCGCCGCCGGUGCCCACAAAGCGAUCCACGUUGAGUGUACGGAAAACGGUUACGCAACAGUUGCGUGAACGCGAGCGCGAAAAGGAAAAGGAGCGAGAAAAGCUAAAGGAGCGUGAGCUCGAAGAGAAGAAUCUAAGGGACAAGGAGCGCGAACAGCAAAAGAACGAGACAAACGCGCGCAAAAAGAAUGCCAGUAAAGUGAAUUUGGGUGCUGAUGAAUUCAUAACCACCGAGGAGGUACUUAAUCAAUCCAAAUAUGUUAAGACGUACAUUAAAAAUCCGGAUGCUUACUUUGUAUACGAUCCCACGGUGCUCGCACGUCUAAAAUUCGAGGAGCUGCGCGACAUUGCCGGCAAAAUACCCAAGCGAAAGCAAAACCUGGCCGGGCAGUCGUCGUCGGUGGGGAAUCGACGAGAUCCCAAGACGCAUUCGAAGCUGUCGAAGAAUCAAGAGGCUAACAACAACAACAACAAUAUUAAUAAACCGAAGAUACCCACUUUCAAGAAGUGCUCGAAACCAAAUUAUCCGGAAUUGGCCAAUCUGAAGAUCAGAACUGGCACCGACUCCAAUGGCGAUUUCUUCAAUCCUGCCGAGGUGACCAAAAAUGCCAAAAAGUUCGAUGAGCGCGUCAAAAAGCUGCAAAUCAGCUCCGACGACGAUCUGGACGACAUAGACGGACCGCUGACCAAAAGCGAGUCCAGCGACGAGCUCAACCAGCCGCCAAGUCCCGUCGUGGCCCAAGGGCCAAACGUAACCGCAAGCAUGACAAGCAACGGGAAUAUUCCCGGCACCUUCACCAACACCAUCAGCUCCGACGAGUUCCAGGCGUACUUGGAACGCAAGGGUCUGGCGCUGAUGCCCAAGCGGGACAUUAAUAGUUCCACGCCCAAGUCGACGCCGACGCCAACGCCGACGACGACGCCAACGACGACGCCGACACGGUUGAGCACAUUCCAAACGGCCGAGGAGCGACGCCAACAAGUGGCCGAAUCCUUGGCGGCUCUGCGCAAAAGCAACACUAAGAAGCUAUCGGUGCUGCAGCGCCUCUCCAACAGUUUAUUUGCGACGCGGCGCAAGACCACGCCCAAGGGCGCCAUACCCAUGCCGCGCACGGUCUACGGCGACGUCGAUGACCAUAAGAAAUACAGUAGUACGCCCGCCGAGAUGCGGCGCAUACUGCUCGAAAGCCAGACGAAUGGACGCCAGCCGAAUGGCCAGUUGAAGCAGGAAACUGGCCUGCAGCCACGUCCCGCCGCCAGAUCCGGUGAUUUGCUCAAACAAGCUGCGCCCAGGCCAAGUGAACGGAGUGCAGCGCCAAUGGUCAAUGGCACAUGGAAGCCACAGGCGGAGAAUGCGCCGUUCCAGCGCGUAGCGGAACGCCAGAGCCUAAUACCCAGACGCGUCUCGCCCGAGGGUAAUCUCAAUCGCUUCAACAGAUCGGCAUCCAUGGAUCGCAAUCAAAUCAGAUUGAAUGGCCAACGCACACUGAGUCGACUGGAGAGCGUGGGCCAACGGCGUUCCGUCGCAUCCUGCAUGUCCGGCGAUGAGCGCAGCAGCUAUCCCAUUGCCACAUCGACGCCAGUGAGAAAAACGCUGGAGCAGCAAAAGGGCGAUGCGGCCAGCAAUGAAUGGGAGCAAUUGCGCGCCAUCAAGGAGGUGACCGAUCGCCAGCUAUACCACAAGGUGCUCCAGCAACAGCAGCAGCAGCAGCAGCACCAGCAGCAGCAUCAGCAGCAGCAGCAGCAGCAGCAGCAGCAGCAUCAGCAGCACGAGGAGAACAUUUACGAGCAUCUGCAGUCCAAUCAGCUGAUGAACGUUGCUCCGGCGCCGUACUUUGUGCGCGGUUCGCUGCAGCGCAACACCUUCUCCGGCAUCAGCGGUCGGAAUCGCCAGGUGAUGAUCUUGGACGGCACGCCCAUCGGGCCAGCGCCAGUGCCAAUGCAAGUUAAUGUGAGCAAUCAACAGUUGCUGCAACAACAACAGCAACAACAACAGCAACAGCAACAACAGCCGCCGCCGCGCUGCCAGAGCGUUCUGGAUGAGAUGAUCAUGCCCAGCAAUCAGGCGGCGACACGUCGCGGCUACGAGAGCGAGAAUGAGACGCCUGUAGUUCUGAGGCGCAAGGAGUCGAGCGCGGCGCGUCGCAUUGGCGGCCUGUUGACGCGCGAAGAGAUCCUGGAGAAGGUGAAAGAGUUUUGCCGCAAAUCCAUUAAUCGCACGCCGCUGACCGCCGCCAAGAUGCAGCCCAUUUACGAGCGCCACAACAACAUCAAUAGCAACAAGAACGGCGCCGACAUCUCGCCCGUCUCGUAUGCCUCCGUGGAGACGCACAAGCGACCCGCCUCACAGCUGAGCGCCAGGCCGCAAGUGCCGCUGCGCGUGCAGAGCUUGCCGCGCUCUAGCUACGCUCCAGGCUCGGGCGGCACGAAUUGUGCCUCGCCCAUCUAUGCGCACGUGAACAAGCGCAACAGCCUGCUGUCCAAUGACUCCGAACAGUAUGUGUCCAAUCAACAGUUACCGAUUCAGCGCUCGAUGCAAAAUCCUCAGUCGCUGCUGACGCUUACACCCACGGAAUAUGUGCUCAUCCAGACGGAGGACGGCCUGCAGGCUGCCAAGCUAAUUGACUAUCACAAUAGCAGUCUUUACAUGCAGCCGCAAUACAUUCGCGCCAGUCCCCAGGGCUAUGUGCGAAUCGAGGAGCUGGCACUGGCGCAGCAGCAGCAGGCGCAGGCACAGCAGCAGCAGCAGGCGCAGGCUCAACAGCAGCAGGCUCAACAGCAGCAGGUGCAGCAGCUGCAGAAUGGCCGUGGGACGCCCCUUAUACUUGAUCGUUCCGGACAGCAGACCAGUCAGAUCUAUUGGACGCCGCAGCGAACCAACUUUAAUCAGAUGACUUUGCAGAAAAGUCCACGUCGCGGCUCCGAGCGCAUGUAUCCAAUCCCAGCGCCCAGAUUGCACAUGCCGCAAAAUUAUGUCCUGGCGAACGGCCAGCCAUAUGCAACUGUUGUCCCGGCGCCAAGAAACUUGGUGCAACACUGCAACAGGCAGCAAUUGGCGCGAAACACAUCUGAUUGGGAUUGCAGCUCCGAGGCGGGCGAAAUAAGGCGCAUCAUGGAGAAAUCGUUGUAGG